AUGGCUUCCAACGGCGAAAGGAAAGACCCACAUCUGGCGCCAGGAGUCUUGGGGUCUACAGAUGUGGCAUUCCACCAUUCUGAAGAUCGUGUGGUCAAAUUGAUUGCAGUGGGACUAAAGGAAGCAUCUACCGAUUCUCCCAGUUUUAGAGCUUCCGUCAACUAUAUGAAUUCCGAAAUUAGAUCCUAUCACCUGUUGAUCAAAAAAACGAUCGAUUACCUCAAGCGAUUCGUAGCUGCAUGUACCGUGUUGCAAAGCGUGAGUUCCGAAUUUCAAACGAUAUUCACUUCGAUAGGUCAAAAUAGCCUCGUUAACAGAGACAUUGCGAAAACAUGUAUUGAGCGAACCUCACAAGAUAUGAAUGAGGUAUUGGGUUUCAUCAAUGGUGCCCUUGCUUUCAAAAAAGAGCCCAUACAGAAUUUGCUAAAUCUUGAUGGAGAUUUUGCUGCGUAUUUUGAACUACGCCAUGCCUUCGAGGGUAUCCAAGCUAAAUAUGACUCAUAUCUCGAUAAGUUUGUUGCUCAGCCUAAAACUCUGGAUCCUACAACUGCCAGAGAAGACGCCCAACAACUCUUUGAGCUUCGAAAACAAUACAUCCAUAUAUCGCUAAGCAUAUGGAUCUCCAUCACUAAACUGAAACACAAGGUCAGCUCUGUACUUGUCGAAGUUUGUGACACUUUGAGGAAUUCUUCAGAGCAGUCAAGAAAUCUGGCUGAAUUUCUGGCAUUGGAAGAGUCCUCCAAAAAGAUAGAGCGAGCUAAGUACUUCAUGGACUUGCAGGCUCGCUCACAUAAAAGCUUAAUCAAGGAUCUGCUCUCUGCUCGGAGGACCUCGGAGGAAAGUGUGAUAAAUAUUUGCACUCCCUCGAAUGAUCUUGAUUCUUAUAUACCGGCGACCAUCAACAUGGCGCACCUCACAGAUACGGAUGUGGAGCAAUACGAGAAACACGGUUGGGUGUUUCUUAAAAGCAAAAGAAUUAAUUCAAAAGAAAUUGUUUGGAUCAAGAGAUGGCUUUUCAUCAAAGGUGAUUUGUUUGGAUUUCUCUCGAUAAGUACAUCCGGUACCUACGUCGAAGAAUCUGACAAAAUUGGCAUUUUAUUGGCUAAUGUUCGCUACAAGCCAGAAGAAGACCGCAAAUUUUGUUUUGAAAUUAAGACUCUGCAGACAGAGGUCACAAUCCAAGUUGAAACUUUGGGCGAGCUAAAAAGCUGGCUUUCAGUUUUCCACACCGUGAAAAACUCGGCUCUGCAGCGCAACAGUACGAUAUCCAUGUCAAGAUACGAGCCAAUGUUGGACCUGUUUGCGCUUGAGCCCGUCGUUGAAAAAGAUCUCGAGCUCGUCAACCUACCAAGUACGAAGCCAGAAAAUGCGCAAAUGUUAUUGAAUAAAUCUCUUCCUAGCUUGAAAGUGGACGUCGACUUUAGCGCUCCUUUGGUCACGGAGCUAACCAAUCUUGCUUGUUUGUCACAUUUAUAUCUGACCUCACCAAAAGUUCCUUCUGCUUUUACUGCAAAUGUUUGGGGGUUUGUCAACUGGGGAUUAUAUUAUGCCAUUAAGAAUCGUAACGAUACCCUUGAAAUAGCCACCAAGAUGCACUCAAGCACGCUGAAUUCUAUUAACUUGCGGUAUCCUGCAUCUUAUCCAAUUGAGUUGAGGCAACUGGAUCUUCAACUGCGAUCUCUUUUUGAAUCUUAUAUUGAUACAGACGAAUUUGUUUUGGUGGCAUUCAGAGCAUUUUGGUCGGCGAACUCAAAACAGGAGCUGUUUUGUCAUCUUUAUGUCACUGAAAGCCAUAUAUACGUUUACACCACAAACUGCGGAUUGGUCUCAAUUUCUCUCUUCAAGUUGACAAAUUUUCUUUAUGUCGAUUCGGUCCAGAAGGCGAGCUAUGACUUGCUGCGAUUCUAUACUGUUAGUGGAGUGUCCACCAAAAUGAAGCUGUGCCUAGAGCCAGGAAACUUGGUCAAAGACCAAGUCAAUUAUCUUAUUUCUUUGAAGAAAUCAUCAGUGAGAAAACCUCUCGAAAUGAUAAUGGAUGAACUGACCAAGAUAAAACAAGUUCAUUCAAAACCUAAGCCCAAGGGACUUUCCUCAGUCCCUCUAGCAGUUCCGCAAAAUUCAGAAGGGGAAAAGCCUAUCGUCACGAUUGCUUCAUCUGCAGAUAUGGACACGAACAUGAAACUUAACUACAAUGAGGAUAUGCAUCUCAUAUGGAUACAAAAGUAUGACUUACCUGCAAAAGCUCUGUUCCAUGUCUUGGUCGGCGAUCAAUCAUUUUUGUUGCAAUCUAUGCUUCCCUUUGCCCAGCUUUCUGUAGACACAGGGACACAGCAUACCGUCUGGAGAUGCGACUCGCAACAGAAGCUCACACGGAUUAUUUGGAGUCCAACAAUGGAAUUACUGUCGGCUGAGCAGCGGAUCGAAUCCAUGUUGAAUAACAAAUAUUACAAUUUCACGCAAAGCACGCCAUACUUGUAUCUUCCUUUUGGAAGUGCUGGGCGCCUCAUCAUUAGAUUCAUUAUCUUCAACACAGAUUCGCGCUCCUCAAAAUUACUUGUUUAUUAUAAGGUAAUGAGAAACAGAAACAUCUUAGAAAUAUUCAGCUCGUUUUUUUUCAGACAGGUGAUCUUGUUCAAAAUCGAUGAUCUUCAUAAGCAUCUCUUGGCGGCCAUACAGAACUUGGCUAACGAAAACCGCAAAAUUGCAUCUGCGAUAAAGCUAUACGGGCCCAUUACCAAGUUUGAUGCCGAUGAGUUGACCGAGGAGGAAGUCAGGUUCGACAAAGAUAUCAAGCACAUUAAAAUGGAAUUCUUGCUUAAUCUGGUCCUACAGAAGCUCAAUUUGGAAUUCGAUAAGCUGCUUCAUGUGGCUGCAAAACUACUCAUGAAUGCACUAUUCUCAACGUAUAAGAAUUUUCAGCUCCAUUGGCUUCUAAUCUUAUCUUUAAGCACCUCGCUAAUCUUCAAUGUUUAUCUCUCGGGUAAAAGUACCCAUGCGUACUGGAUUGAACAUAACACAGAAAAAUAUGUGAAUUCGCUGGUCCAGAAACCAACACUGAUGAAAAGAAUGAUUUCAAUAAGUGAUGUACAAGAUUUCGCACACAACACGAGCGUCCAGCUGUCCUAUAAUGCUUCUGAGUCUCAGUGCUUUCUAGAGUUUCGGAAGCAGGCCGGCGUUGGUGAAAUCUCCCUACCGACUGAAAGCAAGGUACAAUCUCGUUUGGUGGAGUUUGGAUUGCAAAGAAAUGAACUUCUAACUGAACUGGGGAUAGUGAACGCUGCAGAACGAGCCUACCUGGCGUCUGAAUGGAAACGCUGGGUAUUUGCUGAGCACCGGAAUUGCGAGCUUGCUCGUACUAAAUACCCUCAAAAAUACGAUGAGCAGCUGUCGCGGUAUUGCGAAUCGGCAAAAGCCGAAAUGGAUCAUAUAUCGCACGUGUUGUUAUGA